AUGCAUUAUCACUACCGUAAGAGGUGCGAAUACGAAGCCCGGACACCGCAGAGCCGCUCCGAGACCCCAUCUCCCGAAGUGCUGAUUGUUGUAGACGAUGACACACCAGAGCGCUCAGCCGCAGAACAAGCUGCACGCCGCAUGACCCGCUUCUCAGCCCUUGGCCGUAUCACAAAGGGCCAGCUGAAUGACCCAACCCCGGCAGUGACCCCAGUGCAGGCACCUGGCCCACCUGCCGAGCACACCAGCACUCCUCCGCCCACGGGGGGCUUCGCCAGGAUGCACCAGCCCCACCGGACUGCUCUGUACGACAACCUCCUCCAAGCGCAGAUCAACCGCUGGUUUGAAACCGAGCCUGAGGCAGGCUCCGUGAAGCUCCUCCUACGCCCCGCAAACUGUGAUGCCUGUGUCCCCACUCUAGCUGAUAAAAUUGUCAGCAGUGCCCUAGCACAGGUCCUUAUCGCAUUAAAUGGCCCCGCCAACCCCACCUGUGCCAGCAUACGUAUCAUGCAGCCCAUCGCAGCUGACCUGAACGAGCAGCUGCCGAUGGUGUGGCUUGUCCAGGUCCCAGAACCCCUCGGUCAUCGCCUACUAUCCAAGAGGGUCUGGUCCUUCACAAGGAUCUCCUUCCUCUUCUUCCACCUCCUGGACAUGCAUGAGCUGCGCACACCCACCCUCCUCCUCCCCAUCAUCGGCUUCGUGACCCAUGCCACUGUUGAGUCCGUCCUAUACACUAACCUGGCAGCUAAGUCAGCACCUAGUUCAACAAUGUUCACCCUCGCCCACAUACUCCAGGAAGAUAUGCAGGCCGAUAAUGAGCUCGUUGCCUACAACCAAAUGCUGUAUGUCCUUGACUGCCUCACUGUCUGCCCCCUCGUCCAAAAAGCCUCCAGCGGUGACUCUAUCCUCUGGCUCCUUUUCCUUGAAGACGACCUGUUCAACACACUCGAGCAAUGGGUCCGCUUCCGCCGUGAGCUGGCGCUGCUGCAAUACCCCCACCUCGACGAUGGAGUAGGUGUCCCCUUCUUCCCCUGCCCGUGCGCCAUCUGCGGGUGCACAUCGCACUCUAGCAGCCUCUGCCCCCUACCUGCGCUCCCUGGCUGGCUGGGACCCAACACGAGCUCCACGCACUCUGCAAGGCCUUCGCCCCCGGCAAGCUCCAGAAGUUUGGUUUCACCUCGGGAGAUAGAGGCGGCCCUGCCGGCCGUGAUGGACACGGGCGGGGCUGUGGACGUGGACAUGGCUACUGAGACAGCUUUGAUCUGGGCCACGAAAAGAGCCGUGCAGGCUCACUAA